CCCCCCCCGAGAUCACGUGCUCCGCACUUCCCAGCGACGCCGUCGCACGUCCUUCCCCCACCGGGGGCGACCCCCAUUAGGGAGAGGGUUCGCAGACCCGACAGCACAGCAGUCUGACUGAGUCGCGCGAUUCACCAGGAUGUGAAGGCUGUCAGCGAGCAUGGAAGGGGAGGGCAGCACAUGCCGCGCAGACAAACCCUACCCGUGUCCCGUGUGUGGGCGCGCUUUCAACCGACCAUCUGACCGGGGGAGGCACAAGUGCAACCGAAACAGGGAGAGGCCAUGUAAAUGCGGGGACUGCGGCAAGGGGUUCAGUUACCCCUCCGAGCUGGAAACUCAUCGGCGCAGUCACACCGGGGAGAGGCCGUUUACCUGCUCCGUGUGUGGGAAGGGAUUCGUUCGAUCCUGCAACCUGCUGUCGCACCAGCAGGUUCACAGUGGGGAGAGGCCAUUCAUCUGCUCCGUCUGCGGGAAGGGAUUCACUCGAUUUUCCCACCUGCUGAGGCACCACAAAGUUCACACCGGGGAGAGACCCUUCACCUGCUCCGUCUGCGGGAAGGGAUUUUCUGAGUCAUCCGACCUGCUGAAACACCAGCGAGCUCACACGGGGGAGAGGCCGUUCACCUGCCCCAAGUGCGGGGAGAGAUUCACUCAGAUCUCCCAUCUGCUGAGACACCAGCGCACUCACACUGGGGAGAGGCCGUUCACCUGCUCCGUGUGCGAGAAGAGAUUCACUCAGGCAUCCAGCCUGCUGACGCACCAGCGGGCUCACACCGGGGAGAGGCCUUUCACCUGCUCGGUAUGUGAGUUGAAAUUCACUUCGGCCUCCUGCCUGUUGGAACACCAGCGACUUCACACCGGGGAGAGGCCGUUCCCCUGCUCCGUGUGCGGGAAGGGAUUCACUCAGGCCUCCAAACUGCUGAGACACCAGCGAGUUCACACCGGGGAGAGGCCGUUCACCUGCUCCCUGUGCAAAAAGGGAUUCGCCCAGUCAUCGACCCUGCUGAGACACCAGCGAGUGCACGCCAGGAAGAGAUCGGAGAGGCCGUGUAAAUGCGGGGACUGCGGGAAGGGGUACAGCCAUCCCUCCGAGCUGGAAAUCCACCGGCGCAGUCACACCGGGGAGAAACCGUUCGCCUGCUCCGUCUGCGGGAACGGAUUUACGCAGUUUUGCCACCUGCUGACCCACCAGCGGGUCCACACCGGGGAGAGGCCGUUCACCUGCUCCACGUGCGGGAAGGGGUUCACCCAGUCGUCCACCCUCGUCAGGCACCAGCGGGUUCACACUGGAGCGAAGCCCUUCACCUGCUCCGAGUGCGGGAAGGGGUUCACCCAGUCGUCCCACCUGCUGACCCACCGGCGGGUCCACACCGGGGAGCGGCCGUUCACCUGCUCGGUGUGCGAGAAGGGUUUCACCGAGUCAUCCCAGCUGCUGAAGCACGAGCGCAUCCACACCGGGGAGAGACCGUUCACCUGCUCGGAGUGCGGGAAGGCAUUCGCUCGACCCUCCAACCUGCUGACCCACAAGCGCAUUCACACCGGGGAGAGGCCGUUCACCUGCCCCAUGUGCGAGAAAGAAUUCGCCGACCCGUCAGCCCUGCUGAGCCACCGGCGGGUCCACACUGGGGAGCGGCCGUUCACCUGCUCCGAGUGCGGGAAGGGGUUCACCCAGUCCUCCCACCUGCUGACCCACCGGCGCGUCCACACCGGGGAGAGGCCGUUCACCUGCUCCAAGUGCGGGAAGGGGUUCACGCAAUCGUCGGCGCUGCUGACGCACCAGCGGGUUCACUCCGGGGAGAGACCCUUCACCUGCUCCGUGUGCGGGAAGGGAUUUAAUCGGCCGUCCAACCUGAUGAGACACCAGCGAGUUCACUCGUGACCCCCACCGCUCUGAUUCUGCUGCUGUUAAUGAGACUCAGGACUCAACCCUGUUAAAUAUGAAAAUGGGGGAGCGUUGGUACGGCUGUUGAUAACCGCAGGAACUAGGCUAGAGCUGACAGAAUUUGCAUUUAUAUAGCUCCUUUCGCCACCUCGGGACCUCUCCGUGCGCAGUAAGCCUCCACAAACAGUAAAGUGACAACGAGCAGAGGUGACCUGUUCUCAGUGAGAUUGGCUGAGGAUGAAACAUUGGCCUCACCGGGGAGAACUCCCCCCUCGCCUUCCAGAUAGUGGCCGAGGGAUCUUUCACAUCCACCCGAGGGGCCCCUCGGUUUAACAACCUCACAUCUCCUUCCGUGGCUCUGAGUCAUCCCUCCUGCGGAAGCCCCUUGGGAUGUUUCUCACUGUGGGAAAGGAGCCCUAGAAAUAUGAGAUGAAUGCGACGUCUCGGACGUAGAUGUGCUUGGGCAAAACGGAACCAGCUGCUGCCUGCAGUUGAGAGCCGAACACACGGGAACCGUCAGAGACCCUGGAGCGAGGAGAGAGAGAGACCCAAAGAAAGCCGGGAUGAAUAAAUACGAUUAUAAAGUGUAUGGGAAUCUGUCCAGCUUCUGUAUAAUAACAAUGCAGAGAGGGCUGACCUUAAUAUCUGGGGACGUGUUGUGUACCAUAGCUAUCUUCUGGUGUAAUUAAAACCCGACUUCAAAGUAA